AUGCGGCUCGGCGGAGGCGGUCGCCACAGGGACUCGCCGCCAUCACCUCAGCCGGAGAGGAGCCGCCGCUGGGACUGCCCGCCGCUACCCCACACGUCCGGGAAAUCAUUAAAUAUUAGGGAAAUUACCCCCUUUGUGUGCUCUAUGCAUUGCAAAUACUUUUGUUGGUUUGUUCAUUUCAAGAUUGGUCAUGGUGGCUUAUUAGCUUGCUUCAGAAUCACUGGCAAAAAUAUUGACUAG